AGUGUACUAAGUCCAAAACCAAUCCUUAUAAGAGAAGAGAAUUUAAGAAACAGUAUAACUAAUAGGAAGUAGAAAGUAUAGUUCAGAGAUACUCCAUAAGAAAAUCAUAAUCAACGUACCAUAAAUUAAAACCCACCACAUGAAGACAUUAUAGUCAGCCAUGCAGCUGUAUUCUCUUCUACACUUAAUGCCUUAUUUUCUCUCAACUACUACUUACCUUCUUUUUAACCUCCUCACUUAUCUUUCUACUUAAACUCUCCCAUUUUUCUAAUUAUCUCUCUCAUUCUAUUUUCUCUCCAAUUAAAUUUUCCAUAUUUAUUUUUUAAUUGGGGUUGUAAAAAUCGUGCAUCAUACGGGUAUCUGUCUAAUUAUCGAGAUUAAAUCAAAAAUGAGUAUUCAAUUGCAAGAAACAAAACAUGGGAAUGGGAGGGAUAAUAACAUGGAGGAAGAUCAUGAGAGAAAGAAAAUGAAAGAAGAAGAGAAGAAUAAAUCAAAGAAUCAAAGUGUACCAUUUUUUAAGUUGUUUUCUUUUGCUGAUCCUUUGGAUUAUUUUCUUAUGUUUGCUGGUAGUAUUGGCGCCAUUGCUCAUGGAGCUUCUGUUCCUGUUUUCUUCAUUUUCUUUGGUAAAUUAAUUAAUCUUAUUGGUGUUGCCUAUCUCUUCCCUAGAGAAACUUCUCAUGAUGUUGCUAAGUAUUCCAUGGACUUUGUUUACUUGAGUAUCGUUAUAUUAUUCUCUUCAUGGGUUGAGGUGGCAUGUUGGAUGCAAACCGGAGAGAGACAGGCAGCUAAAAUGAGGAUGGCAUAUUUGAGGUCGAUGUUGAAUCAAGAUAUAACUCUUUUUGACACUGAAGCUUCCACUGGAGAAGUUAUUAAUGCCAUUACAAGUGAUAUAUUGGUUGUUCAAGAUGCUAUUUCUGAAAAGGUUGGGAAGAUCUUGCACUAUAUAAGUAGAUUUAUUGCAGGAUUUGCAAUCGGGUUCGCAAGAGUAUGGCAAAUCAGUCUGGUUACACUUUCGAUUGUCCCUGCUAUUGCUUUCGCCGGUGGAUUCUAUGCUUAUGUUGCCACUGGUCUCAUUGCCAGGAUUCGGAAAUCUUAUGUUAAAGCUGGUGAAAUUGCUGAAGAGGUGAUUGCAAACGUGAGGACCGUCCAAGCAUUUGUUGGGGAGGAAAAAGCAGUGAACACCUACCGAGAGGCACUUUUAGGGGUUUACAAAUAUGGGAAGAAAGGAGGAGUGGCCAAGGGGCUUGGUAUGGGUUCGUUACACAGUGUUCUGUUUCUUUCUUGGGCUUUGCUUGUUUGGUAUACUAGCGUUGUUGUUCACAAGGGUACAGCUAAUGGAGGAGAGUCUUUCACCACUAUGCUCAAUGUUGUUAUUGCUGGCCUAUCACUCGGGCAAGCUGCACCAGAUAUCUCUGCCUUCCUCCGUGCAAGAGUUUCUGCAUAUCCAAUAUUUGAGAUGAUAGAAAGAGCUAAAGUUAGCAAAGUAGGUUCAAAAGGUGGUAGGAAAUUGAAAAGUGUGGAUGGCCAUAUUGACUUUAAGGAUGUAUAUUUUAGCUACCCUUCUCGUCCUGAAGCAAAAAUCUUUGAUAAAUUCUGCCUGGAUAUUCCAGCUGGAAAAAUUGUUGCCCUUGUGGGUGGAAGUGGAUCUGGCAAGAGCACUGUGAUAUCUUUGAUUGAGCGUUUCUACGAGCCACUUGCAGGACAGAUACUUUUGGAUGGAAAUGAUAUCAGGGAACUGGAUCUGAAAUGGCUUAGACAGCAAAUUGGUCUUGUCAAUCAAGAGCCUGCACUUUUUGCGACAAGUAUCCGAGAGAACAUUUUAUAUGGAAAAGAUGAUGCUACUCUGGAUGAGAUCACUCGUGCUGCCAAACUUUCAGAGGCCAUUACUUUCAUUAACAACUUGCCAGAGAGAUAUGACACUCAGGUAGGUGAAAGAGGAAUUCAGCUGUCUGGGGGCCAAAAGCAAAGGAUUGCAAUAGCCCGUGCGUUAGUGAAGAACCCAUCAGUAUUACUACUUGAUGAAGCCACUAGUGCACUUGAUGCAGAGUCUGAAAAAAGUGUACAGGAGGCACUUGACCGUGUUAUGGUAGGGCGAACAACUGUGGUUGUGGCACACCGACUUUCCACAGUAAGAAAUGCGGACGUCAUAGCCGUAGUCCAAGGUGGUAAAAUAGUGGAAACUGGAAGCCAUGAGGAGCUAGUUUCUAAUCGAGAGAGUGUUUAUUCAUCACUUAUUCAACUCCAAGAGUCAGCCUCCACAGCGCGUCUUCUAUCCCGAGGGGCAACCAUGGAUCGACCUUCAAGCACAAAAUAUUCCCGAGAACUAUCUUAUAGUACAAGUAUUGGUGCUAGUUUCCGCUCUGAUAAGAGUUCAAUUCGAGAGGAUGUAGUAGAGCCUAUCAAAAUAUCAAAGGUUACAUGGGGACGGCUACUUUCCUUGAUACGGCCAGACUGGUUGUAUGGCUUCUUUGGUACUAUAUUUUGUUUAAUGGCUGGAGCCGAAAUGCCUCUUUUUGCUCUUGGAGUUACACAGGCUUUGGUGUCCUAUUAUGAAGUAUGGGACGUUACAAAGACUGAAGUCAGGAAGAUUGCUCUGUUAUUUUGCGGGGGUGCUGUGGUUUCUAUUUUCAAUCACGGUUUUGCCCACACCUUCUUUGGAAUAAUGGGGGAGCGACUUACUCUUCGUGUGCGUCAAAAGAUGUUCUCUGCUAUAUUGAGUAAUGAAAUUGGAUGGUUUGAUGACGCAAGGAACUCAAGUUCAAAUCUUUCAUCACGUCUAGAGAGUGAUGCAACUUUGUUGAGAAGCAUUGUCGUUGAUCGAACAACAAUUUUGAUUCUCAACUGUGGAUUUAUAGUCACGUCCUUUAUUAUUGCCUUCAUGUUGAAUUGGAGGCUAACUCUUGUAGUUCUAUCAAUGUAUCCAUUGAUCAUCAGUGGCCAUUUCAGUGAGAAACUCUUCAUGCAAGGAUAUGGUGGUAACUUGAGUAAAGCAUAUUUUGGUGCUAACAUGCUUGCUGGUGAAGCUGUUAGCAACAUCCGAACUGUUGCUGCAUUCUGUGCAGAAGAAAAGGUUCUUGACCUAUAUUCUCGUGAGCUUGUUGAGCCAUCAAAACGAUCAUUUUCACGUGGUCAGAUUGCAGGAAUCUUCUAUGGUGUCUCCCAAUUCUUCAUCUUUUCUUCUUAUGCCCUUGCUUUGUGGUAUGGUUCUGUUUUAAUGGGAAAAGGCAUAUCUGGAUUCAAAUCUGUCAUGAAAUCAUUUAUGGUUCUCAUUGUGACGGCAUUAGCCAUGGGUGAAACUUUGGCAAUGGCUCCAGAUCUGCUGAAAGGCAACCAGAUGCUUCAAUCAGUAUUUGAGGUGAUAGACCGAAGGACUGAGGUGAAAGGGGACUCGGGGGAAGAGGUAACCAAGGUUGAAGGAUCUAUCGAGCUACGAGGAGUGGAAUUUAGCUACCCAUCUAGGCCUGAUGUAAUAGUCUUCCAGGACUUCAACCUAAAAGUUCGUGCAGGAAAGAGCAUGGCACUGGUCGGGCAGAGUGGCUCAGGAAAGAGCUCAGUCAUUUCUCUUAUACUUCGUUUUUAUGAUCCAACAGCCGGGAAAGUAAUGGUUGAUGGCAAGGAUAUUAGGAGGCUGAAGCUAAAAUCUUUGAGAAAGCACAUAGGAUUAGUCCAACAAGAACCCGCUUUAUUUGCAACAUCUAUAUACGAGAACAUUCUCUAUGGGAAAGACGGUGCAACUGAGUCCGAAGUGAUCGAAGCAGCAAAGCUCGCUAAUGCACAUAGUUUCAUAAGCGGCCUUCCCGAGGGAUACAACACCAAGGUAGGCGAAAGAGGGGUGCAACUCUCCGGAGGACAAAAACAAAGAGUGGCCAUAGCAAGGGCGGUGCUAAAAAAUCCCGCUAUAUUGUUACUAGAUGAAGCCACGAGUGCCCUUGAUGUGGAGUCUGAGCGUGUGGUGCAGCAAGCUCUCGACAGGCUGAUGAAGAAACGAACGACAGUUGUGGUGGCUCAUAGAUUAUCGACCAUAAAAAAUGCAGACCAAAUAUCGGUGAUACAAGAUGGUAAGAUCGUAGAACAAGGAACUCAUGCUAGUCUUGUAGAGAUUAGAAAUGGAGCUUACUGUAAGCUAAUUAGUUUACAGCAGCAACAGUCAUCACAGCAGUAAUCUGGAGGAUAUACUUGUAUGAUAUGAACUGAGAUGUUUCUCAAGGGUUUAGCUAAAAGGGUAUAUCAUUUUUCUCUUUUUUUUUAAUUACUUUUUUUUGGUGGGGGAUGUUAUUGUUCUUGAUCAUAGAGGUGUAUAGAUUUACAUCUAAAAUUACAUAAUGAAGCCAAUUGAUUCCUAAUAACAAGGAUAAUAAUUGCAAAUCA